AUGUUUCAGGCCGCAGCCUUUGCCAUCGCACUUCCGCUCUCCGUGCUCGCCGGCGCUUCGAUCGCCGUGCCGACUGCUCUCGCCAUCGCUGCCUCGGCGGGAGACUUGGGGCUCAGCAGCCUCACGGCGGCCACAUCGCCGCCCGACGCAGCCGUGCUCUACCUCGCGUUCCUCGUUGUCGGCCUGGCCUUUGCUGAGCGCCGAGUCUUCGCAGGCCGCAGCUGGCAACGGGCCGUCGAGCGCCCAGCCAUCCAGGGCCCAGCCCUCGCCGACGGCGCUGGCUGCUUCCUCCUCGCCGAGACGGGAGAAGGCGCGUGGUACAGCUGCUCAACUCCCUCCGACACCCCUGGUGUCGUCUGCGAGCAGGACACCGGCUUUGCGGUCGAUGAGUGGGUCUGCAAGGUCCCCACACUGCGCUGA